AUCGCAAUAGGGUUUUCAGUUACCCCCAUUCAAAGGGCCAUGUAUAUAAACCAUUGUUAUGUUGGUUUCCCACUCGCACGUUCUAAAACUGCAAUUGAAGUUGUUGAAGCAAUUAGAAUUGGAGCAGACCCUAUUUCAAUUUUCAAGAUUUGGUUUUUCUUUUAGCACCAAAACUACAGAACAAGCCCAGGAGAAGGAGAAGGAGAAGGACCAUACCCUGAAUUUGUUUUUGCAUGAUAUAAGAAGAACAAUGUCUUCAGAUCUCAGUGAUUAUAAAAUUAUCAAGGAAGGAGAAGCCGAGAUUCUCAUGCACGCAAAAAAUGAAGUCUUCUACAACAAAACUCAGGUUAAUAACAGGGACAUAUCAAUUGCUGUUUUGAGAACAUUUAUAUCGAAACGGAAGCAAGAGCACGAGGCGUAUCUGGCUAAGAGAACAAAAGGGGCACAAAAGGUAUCUGAAAUUGAUGAUUCUUCUGAAUUGGUUAAGGAGGAUGUACCUGACACAACUCCAACAGAAGAUCAUAAAUCUAAUGGGGAAUGUGGAGUUGAGGAAGAGGUAUCUCCAGAAGAAAGGUGCAGCUCUAUGGAAGAAGAUUCAGUUAAGGUCACUGAAGAAUGCAGCACUACAGAAGGGCAAAUCAAUCUCUCAGAGGGAAAAGGACAGAGGGAGCUGAAGCCCCCAAGAGUUCUUGAGGCCUUGUCUGCUUCUGGUCUAAGGUCUCUCAGAUAUGCUCGUGAAGUAGAAGGAAUUGGUCAGGUUGUUGCUCUGGACAAUGAUAAAGCUUCUGUUGAAGCUUGCAGAAGGAACAUCAAAUUCAAUGGUUCAGUUGCAGUUUCAAAAGUGGAGUCUCAUCUUGCUGAUGCUCGUGUAUAUAUGCUAACCCACCCUAAGGAAUUUGAUGUGGUUGAUCUUGAUCCUUAUGGUUCGCCUUCUGUGUUUCUGGAUUCAGCAGUUCAAUCUGUUGUUGAUGGAGGUAUGCUGAUGUGUACUGCAACAGACAUGGCUGUGCUAUGUGGGGGAAAUGGGGAGGUUUGCUAUUCAAAAUAUGGAUCAUUCCCAUUGAGAGGGAAAUAUUGCCAUGAAAUGGCUUUGAGGAUUGUGCUGGCUUGCAUUGAGAGUCAUGCCAAUCGGUACAAGCGGUAUAUUGUUCCUGUACUCUCUGUUCAGAUGGAUUUUUACCUUCGUGUUUUUGUUCGCAUUUAUACUUCUGCCAGUGCUAUGAAAAACACUCCCCUAAAGCUUUCAUAUGUUUAUCAGUGCACUGGUUGUGAUUCUUUCCACCUACAGCCCAUUGGGAGGACCAUUUCCAAGAAUACUAGUGUCAGAUAUUUACCAGGAUUUGGUCCUGUUGUUCCUCAAGAGUGCAGUGAUUGUGGGAAAAAAUUCAAUAUGGGGGGUCCUAUAUGGUCUGCUCCCAUCCACGACCAAGAAUGGGUGUCUGCUAUUCUAGCAGAUGUGAAAUCUAUGAAAGACAGAUAUCCAGCUUAUGAACGCAUUUCAGCUGUUUUGACUACAAUAUCAGAGGAAUUGCCUGAUGUUCCCCUCUUCUUGAGUCUGCACAACCUCUGUGCAACCCUCAAAUGCACUUCUCCAUCAGCGAUUAUUUUCCGUUCUGCGGUAAUCAAUGCAGGUUAUCGUAUAUCUGGGUCUCAUGUCAAUCCAUUGGGGCUUAAAUCAGAUGCACCUAUGGAGGUUAUUUGGGAUAUAAUGCGCUGCUGGGUGAAAAAUCAUCCUGUGAAACCUCAGCCAGCAGAUCAACCAGGAAGUAUAAUACUUGCAAAGGAACCUGUUCUUCAGGCUAAUUUUGCUCGAGCUGUAGCAUCUCUUAGCAAGGCACAAGCUAAGAAAGUUGCUCGCUUUCUUCCAAAUCCUGAAAGACACUGGGGUCCAAAAUUAAGGGCAGGGCGUCAAAUUACUAGCAAGCAUGUCUCUCUUUUGGGUCCUGAAGCAAUUAAUGGAGCUCUCAACCAGGAAGACAAUGAAGAACCUAACAGUAAGAGGCCAAGGACUGAAGAUAGUGUCACAUCUUAGCUCAUAAAUGAAGUUUCGAAAUUAAUUUAUCAUCUAUCUAGAGGUCAUGGAAUUCUAUACUAAUGGUUACUAAAGAAAUCCAUUUGUCUUCACUAAAUUUUGCAGAGUAAGGCGAGUAAAGGUAGAUAAUGUGCCUUGUUUCUCAAUUAGCAACUAUGCACAAUACUGAGGGAAGAUUAAGGCACUUUGCAUCAAAUGAGAUAUUACAAUUGGGCAUCUUUUUUUGUCUUUUGGAAUUAUUGAAAUUGUAUUGUGGAUUAAUAUUUAAUUUUAGUGACUUUGCAUUUGGUGUUCCUGAUA